AUGCGUUCCCUACUGCUGUUGCUCGGCUGCAGCCUCUGCUUAUGUGCGCAGGCGCAAUACCAAUACGAAUCUCCGCAGCCCGUGCACAACACCUUGGCGCAACAGUUCAGCGAUGUGUUGGAUCUGUCGGCUGAAGAGGAGCAGAGCCACAGCUUAAAGGCAGGACGAGGCAAGCAACGCCAGCAGUGUUCGCCGAAACAGAAUUGCUUUUGCGGCACACCCAACACUAACCGCAUUGUGGGCGGCCAACAGGUGCGCUCUAAUAAAUAUCCUUGGACUGCACAGCUGGUCAAGGGCCGUCACUAUCCGCGCCUCUUCUGCGGUGGUUCGCUGAUCAAUGACCGUUACGUGCUGACCGCAGCUCACUGUGUGCAGGGUAAUCGGGAUCAGAUCAGCAUUCGGUUGCUGCAGAUCGACAGAUCCUCCCGCGAUCCUGGCAUUGUCCGCAAGGUGACGCGUACCAUUAUUCAUCCCAAUUACGAUAACCAGCGCAUUGUCAACGAUGUGGCCCUAUUGCGUCUCGAGUCCCCCGUGCCCCUAACUGGAAACAUGCGUCCCGUGUGCCUGCCCAAUGCCAAUCACAACUUCGAUGGCAAGACGGGUGUUGUUGCGGGAUGGGGUCUAAUCAAGGAGGGCGGUGUCACCUCCAACUAUCUGCAAGAGGUCAGCGUGCCCAUCAUCACCAACCAGCAGUGUCGCACCACGCGCUACAAGAACAAGAUUGUGGACGUCAUGCUAUGCGCUGGUCUGGUCAAGUCGGGUGGCAAGGACGCUUGCCAGGGUGACAGUGGUGGUCCCCUGAUUGUGAACGAGGGUCGCUACAAGCUCGCCGGUGUGGUGUCCUUCGGCUACGGUUGUGCUCAGGCCAAUGCGCCAGGAGUUUAUGCACGUGUCAGCAAAUUCCUCGACUGGAUCAAGGCGAACACUGCCGAUGCCUGUUACUGCGCCAGCUAA